UUGAACUGGCUCAACACAAGUUCGUGGGAGCGUGUAAGUUCCACGAGUUGGAAAAAAAAGAUAAGAAACAGGUGUGACCCUUUUAUAAGGCGUGAAUGCCCAUCCCUCAGACGGAUUGCUUCUGGAAACAAUGGACAGCCCGUUCCAGGAAAUUUCCGAGUGGAAGAGGGCGACCUGCCCUCAGAUCUAAAGCCGGGACAAGUCCGCGUAAGAACCCUGUUCCUCUCGGUGGAUCCGUACAUGUGACUAUAGCCUAAACUGUGGCAUUCCAGCCCUUUCCAAACCCUAUUCCUAACCCCGAGCACAAGGCCCGAACCUCAGCCUUCAUCAUAAUCCUAAAAGUACACUGACAUCGUAUCAAAGUUGUCUGUCCUCUCCCAAAGCACAGAAAAAAUCUCAAAGGACAUUCAUGUGCAGCUAUUAAGCGCUGCCGAAUGAACGAGGACACGGGCACGGACUAUCUGUUGCCGUGGCAGCUGUCGGAGUGCGUGGACGGCGGGGGUGUGGGCGUGGUGGAGGACAGCAAGCACGCUGCGCUCUCGAAAGGAGACACCGUGACUUCAUUUAACUGGCGCUGGCAGACCGAGGACGUGGUGGAUGGCGCAGGGCUGCAGAAGGACUGUGUUUCACUUUUAAAAGCCCUCCUAAAUAAAAUGGUCCCUGGAUUUCAAUGGCCUAAAGAUUGGUUCUUUUUGCUUUUUCAGCUGGACCCUCAGCUGGUCGACGGCCACCUGUCCUACUUCCUGGGCGCUGUGGGCAUGCCCGGACUCACAGCUUUGCUGGGGGUGAGGGAGAAGGGCCAUGUGACCGCCGGUGCCGGUCAGACCAUCGUGAUCAGCGGAGCAGCUGGAGCGUGCGGCUCUCUGGCUGGACAGAUUGGCAGGCUGGAUGGCUGUUCCAGAGUCGUAGGAGUCUGUGGCUCUGACGAGAAGUGUGGCAUCCUGGUGUCUGAGCUGGGCUUCACCUCCGCCAUCAACUACAAGCGUGAGGAUGUGGCCAGCCGGCUGAGGGAGUGCUGUCCCAAGGGAGUGGACGUUUACUUUGACAACGUGGGUGGACCCAUCAGUGACACCGUGAUCGCCCAGAUGAAUGAAGACAGCCAUGUGAUCCUGUGUGGUCAGAUCUCCCAGUACAACAAGGAUGUCCCUUACCCCCCUCCCCUGACUGCCUCUACCCAGGAGCUGCUGUUCAGGAAGAAUAUCACCAGGGAGCGGUUUACUGUGUUGAACUAUGUGGAGAAAUACGAAGAAGGCCUUAUGCAGCUGAGCCAGUGGAUAAAAACUGGGAAAUUGAAAGCCUUGGAGACUGUUGUACAGGGGAUUGAGACCAUGGGAGAGACAUUUUGCUCCAUGAUGGAAGGAGGGAACAUUGGUAAGCAGAUAGUGCAGAUAUCAGUGUAACUAGGAUGAGACGCAUCCGAGCAACCUGAAAUGCCCAGAACAGUGCCUUAUGACCAGUGGGGUAUGAGAGAAGGGGAGACUUAUGAACAGUGGUUUGGGUAUUUGUCUUCUCAAAGACCGUGAAAGAACGCAAUGUUUCACCAUACUACCAAUCACUGUCAUUAACACCCUUCCCCCAAAAUUGUGUUGAGUACAUAUGUUUUGGAUGGCUAUAAUUUUGUCUGUCCGUCAUCAUAUUUGUAUGUAACAUUGUCUAAAAAUGAAAUGUUUAAACAUACUUUAAAAUGUAAUAAAAUGGUCUAUUCUGAUAA